AUGGAACAAGCCAUUUUUGCAACACGUAACGCUGGCCUGAACAGUAGACAUCGACGAUCCCAGUGGAAUAGCGGCUAUCUCUACAGCGACUACACUUCGGGUGAAAUCGUCCAGAGGCCUGAUGCUCUGCAGCGUCAUCUUACUUCGCGCCAAAUACAAUUCAUUGCCAUCGGAGGCUCCAUCGGAACGGCCCUGUUUGUAAGUAUCGGCUACGCCCUUAUGCAUGGAGCAGCAAGCCUUCUCGUGGCAUUCAUCCUCCAAGCAUGUAUUAUGGCCCAGGUGAAUAGUGCGCUGGCCGAAAUGACCAUCUUCAUGCCGGUCAGCGCCGCCUUUAUUCAACACGCCAGUGUCUGGGUUGACAGUGCCUGGGGCUUCAUGAUUGGCUGGAAUUUCUGCGUGUUUGAGGGCCUUCUCAUCCCGUUCGAGAUUACAGCCCUGGACAUGAUUCUGUCCUUCUGGCGCGAUGAUAUCCCGGCGGCUGCCGUCAUUUCCGCUUGCAUCGUUCUUUAUGCGAUUACGAACGUGUUCGGGGUCAGAUACUUUGGGGAGGCCGAAUUCUGGCUGGCGGGAGGGAAACUUCUGCUCAUCACGAUACUGUUCUUGUUCACCUUUAUCACCAUGGUAGGAGGCAACCCGCGGCAUGAUGCAUAUGGCUUUCGGAAUUGGUCGAUACCGAGCCCAUUUGUGGAAUACAUAUCCACUGGAGACUUGGGUCGUUUCCAGGGUGUCCUGGCAGCGUUGUGGCAGGCCGCCUUCACCAUCGUGGGCCCCGAGUAUUUGGCUUGCGUGGCUGGAGAAGCACAACAACCCCGGAAGACGCUGAAAACUGCCUUUAAGUCCGUCUACUGGCGGUUUGGUGUUUUCUUCAUCGGGGGAGCCCUCUGUGUUGGUAUCGUUCUUCCUGCUAACGACCCGACCUUGCUGAGAGUGCUGGGUGCCGGGGACACGGGCACCGGCGCGUCAUCACCUUAUGUGAUUGCUAUGACCAAUAUGGGAAUCGAGGUGUUACCGGACCUCGUCAACGCCCUCCUCUUUACCAGUAUCUACUCGGCCGGAAAUGCAUACGUCUAUACCACGUCUCGGAGUUUGCAUGGUCUGGCCCAGAACGGCCAUGCCCCCAAACUUUUCCGCAAAUGCACCAAAGAUGGAGUUCCGAUAUACUGCCUCGCAGUGGCGAUGGCGUUUGCCUGUUUGUCUUUCUUGAAGUUGGGCAGUGGUUCGGUACAAGUGUUGACCUGGCUCACAAACUUGAUCACCGGCGGGACACUCGUGACGUACAUCGUCGUGUGCGUCAAUUAUCUCUUUUUCUACCGAGCACUAAAAGCGCAGGGCUUUAGCCGCACGGAGUUGCCGUAUCGUGGGUAUUUCCAGCCUUAUGGAACCUGGAUUGCCCUCGUUUGGCUCUUGGGGGUGGAGAUCUUUUACGGGUAUGCGAUCUUCUUGAACGGACGGUGGGAUAUCGGGUUAUUCUUCAGCGAUUACACAAUGGCGUUUCUUGCCAUCGCUACCUUUGCAGGGUGGAAGAUCUGCAAGCGAACCCGGUUCGUCCGUCCGCAGGAGGCAGAUCUGGUGUGGGCUCGGCCGGCGAUUGAUGCUCACGAGGCCGUCAUGGAGGAGAUGGAACAGAUGGGGAUUCGCGAACGACUGAUGCAAACCUUGCGGACCAAAAAGAUGCUGGGCUCCGAUCGCAUGUCACUGCGUUAG